CUGAGUUAUACGUCAUCAAAUUGCGACAUUAGCUACACCAUACCAAAAAUGAGCAAACGUUUACCUAAAAAUCUGUAGCUGUAAAAGUGACAGGAUUAGCUAAUACACUUAUUUUGUCCGUUCUCAGUCCAAAACAUAAGAACCAACUCUUGAAAUAGCGUCAUCCGCGUCAGGAGGAAAAACGUGCUGUUUCAUCAGUUCGAGCAAGGUAACGUUACAUGGUAGUUAGCCAGCGUAGCUACGUUAGUUGUUAACAAUAAUCAUUCUGGCAUUUACUAGGUUAGCUGCAUAGAAAGUUUAAUCUGUUCAAAGGUGUCAUCUGGCCUGCUUCCUGCUUUUGUUGAGGUGUCGACUUGUUUGACAGAAUGGACAAAGAUGAGCUGGUGGAGUACUUCAGGACACAAGUGAGACAGGACCCUGAGGUUCCCUCUGCUGUGGCAGCUAUCCGCACUCUCCUGGAGUUCCUCAAAAGAGACCAAAGUGAGACCAUCCUGGGCUUGAGAGAGAACCUGACCCAGACCAUCAGGCGUCUGGAGGAGGCUGACUCCUCUGUGGCUGUCUCGUCUGGUGGCGAACUGUUCCUCCGCUUCAUCAGCCUCACAUCGCUGGAGCACCCUGAUCUUUCUCAAUGCAAGAAAGUGAUGGUAGAGAGAGGAGAGCUCUUUCUUAAGAAAAUCUCCCUUUCCAGGAGUAAAGUAGCAAAACUCUGCCAUACCUUUAUCAAGGAUGGUGCUAAAAUACUGACACACUCCUCCUCCCGGGUGGUUCUUAAGGUACUGGAGAGUGCAGCAGCUGACAAGAAACGCUUCACUGUCUAUGUCACUGAGUCACAACCAGACUCUGCAGGAAGACAAAUGGCUGACAAAUUACGGAAUCUAAAUAUUCCGGUCACGGUGGUUCUUGAUGCUGCAGUGGGGUAUAUCAUGGAAAAGGUGGACCUGGUGAUUGUGGGUGCAGAGGGAGUGGUAGAAAGUGGUGGCAUUAUCAACAAGAUUGGCACCUAUCAACUGGCUGUGUGCUGCAAGGCUCACAACAAGCCUUUCUACGUUGUGGCAGAAAGCUUCAAAUUCGUCCGACUCUAUCCUCUAAAUCAGCAAGAUGUCCCAGAACGAUUUAAGUAUAAAGCAGACACACUGAAGGCAGUGGAAGACCUAGCAGAAGAACACCCCAUGAUUGACUACACACCGCCAUCACUGAUUACACUUCUUUUCACAGACCUGGGGGUCCUCACUCCAUCAGCAGUCAGUGAUGAACUUAUUAAGCUGUAUUUGUAAACCACCAUCAAAUGAAUGACCUUGAUGCAGAACUUGAUCAAGUGAAGUCACCGUUCAAUAUGCAUUUCAUUAAAAAUGUCAAUCCCCCAGGGAAUCUGCCUUAAACAAACCAAAAACACUUCUGUUGUGUGUGACUAUUUACCCCCUACUUGUUUUACUGGAGUUUGAAAGGUUAUUCUGACCCAUACCAGACUGUCUGUAAAAACCAGUAAUCAUAGCAGCAUACUGUGUGAGUAACUUAUUGCAAAUUAGAAGUAAUCAAAAUCUCAAAAGGAAAAAGGAGACACUUUAUUAUGAACAUAAGUUGGUCAUCCAUAGUUUAACUUCUUUGAAAGUUUGUCUGAGCUCUCAGGUGUGUUGGCUCAUUAGUUAUUCACCCUCUGUACCCAAAAUAUCACAUACCAAUACAAACUAUGAAGAAGUCUGUAGGAAAUUGUCCUCAUUUCAUAAAUAGAAAUGCUCAAGUGACUACUUAAAACUGGCAACAGCUCCCAUACCAAGGCUUUUUUGUACUGCCCUUGCCCCAAAAGGUAGAAUCAUUACUACAAAGUAUGUCAUUUCUUUGUAUUUUAACCAUUAAAAUGUGCAUACUGUGACUGA